AUGACGUCCGUGGCUAGAAGGCGAGAACAUGACGACUCCGGCGAAUUUUCGGACGCAUCGCAGGACAUUGAGCGAAGCAGCUCCGCAAAUGACGGCGGGCCGAACGAAUCUGAUUACGACUCCGCGGGUAGCGAAUCCGAGCACUCCGACAGGGAUCCCGAAAGUCAGGACAAUGAAGCAGAGGCUGAGCGUAGAGUAGAUGACGACGAGGACAGAAGCAACCCUCAGUACAUUCCCAAGAAAGGAACUUUCUAUGAGCAUGACGAUCGUACAGCAGCCAGCGGGGAGGAGUCCGUCAACACGACAUCCGACGUGGCCUCCGAGAAGAAGGACGGCUCCGAGACGCCCUCGGAGCGGCGAAGGCCCCCGCGCAAGUCGGAGACGGUCAACCGUUGGUCACACGACAAGUACAACGAGAACGAGCAGAUGCCGAAAUCUCGCGACGAGUUGGUGGCGAUAUAUGGGUACGACAUAAGAAACGAGGAUGCACCGCCCCACGCGAGAAGGAACAGGAGAUACGGUCGCGGUCCCAACAAGUACACUCGCACCUGGGAGGAUGAAGAAGCAUACAGGCGUCAAGCCGCCGCCGCGCCACAUCGUAGACCGCCCAAUCCGGAGGAAUUCCCAGAGCUCGACGCCCAUCGGAAACUCGGCAAGAAGAGCAGGGCGCCCCGGCCCCGUUCCAAGUCGCAGCCGGCGUCGAACGACUCCUCGGAGAGGGGCUACCAGAUGCGCAGGGGGGGCGAGCUGCGCGCCUCCGCCAAGAACACCGGCACCAACACCAGCACCAAGCCCAAGCCCGUUGCCAAGCCAGUUGCCAAGCAGAACGCCGCGCCCAAGCCCGCCGCCAAGCCGCCAGCCAAGGAUAAGCUGCCGCAGCUGGAAAUCUCACCAUCACCGCCAACGUCACCAGCAAUAGCUCCGCUCUACUCUCGACGGUACAUGGCGUUUUUGUUUUUCUCAUGCUAUUGCUAUUGCUCCACAUGCAGCGAGGUGUCAGGGCAGCCGCAGCGACGCGUGAGCGCGGCCGUGGCUCAGCAGCGGCCCGUCCCCACCGAGCAGGCGAAGAAGAAGCCGCCCGCGCAGACCCCGCAGCAGGGCAGUGCGUUGACGACUAAACCUUCCGGCCAACAACAACAGGCGCAGCAACAACAGAAGCCGCAGCAGCAACAAAAUCAGCAACAACAACAAACCGGUGCAGAAGCCAAGUCCGGAGGCAGCAAGCGCUACAGCAGCCUGCGUCAGAGACCUCUCGCCGAGACGUACUCGCCUCAGCAGCCACAACAGCAGCCGCAACAGCCACAACCACCAACGCAACAACAACAACAACAACAACAACAACAACAGCCGCCGCAGCCACAACAACCACAACAACAGACGCAGCCACAACAAUCACAGCAGCAGACUCAACAACAGCCGCAGCACAGAUAUCACGGAGAAUACCCCGGCAAUGCACCUUCACAACCGCAGCACCAAGGCAGUCCGGUCCCACAGAUUCAUCCGCAGCAACUUAUUCAUCAGCAGGUGCAUAGAAGCGGUGGCGCCGCCCAACACGGGCCGUCGCCCCCCCACCAGCACCAAUCCCUGCCGCAGCAGCACUCUCAGCAGGUCCGCCUCGGUAUGAUGGAGCAACCGCCACAAAUGGUGUCCCAUCCCCACCACUCUAUGCACAAUAUACCGCCACAACACCCCAUCGGCCAACUGCAACCGACACAAGGCUAUGCACCGCCCGCCAUGAUGCCAGCUCAAUAUAUGCAGCAGAGCGGCAGCGGAGCUGUGUUCGGAGGGGCGCCCAUGUACGCCCAGGCCCCAGCCGCAUAUCCCCACCAGAUGUACCAGCACCAUAACUACGCGACGCAGGCCGGCGGCGUGACGUACUACAACUGCGCGGAGCAGGAGCCGCCGCCGCCGCAGCCGCGCGCCCAGAGGCGCCCAACCGCGGCGAUACCCAUCGUGCGGCCCGCACAGCCCGCCCACAACUCUGAAAGGCCAGCUAAUUCAACAGAGAAGGACAAUAUAGAUAGAAUCGUCGAGAACAUGUUUGUAAGGAAGCCUUGGCCUGCGCAAGGAGCCGACGCGUCGAAAGAGAAGUCGCAGGAGAGUAGAACAUCGCAAGAGCCGCAGAGCAAGGAGUCAUCACAGCCAAACAGUCUCACCUCCAGUUCCAUAUCGACUGACUCCAAGCCGGCAGAUAGCGGGCAGAAAGAGACGGAGGAGAGCAGAGUUGGGAAGGAGACGCAGGAGAGUGAAACAGUUGCGCCGCAGGAGAGCAUACCAACGGAAGCC